AUGAAAGCACCAACGAUAGGAAAGUUAACGGCGCUGCUGGCUGGCCAGCUCGCGAUGGGCCAAGGCGACGCCGGAGGUUACAUCGCAGUUCAUCCUGGCAUCGUCACGGUGACAAGUGUGCACACCACAACAGCGACUCGGUUCACGACGAUCUACGCGAAUGGAACGAGUUCACAGAAUGCAACAAGGUCACUAACCAACACACGCAAGAGCACCACAAACAGUCUUGGACUGACAGGUCCUCGACCUACUGCAAUCAAGACAAGUCUCCGUCCCAUCACCACAACGCGAUUCCUCGAUCCCAACGGGACAGCACCGCCUGAUCCAAACAGUGCCCCAAGCCGCCUAUCGACAUCGACUUCUCGCGCAGCCACGCCGUCCUUGAACACAGUCCGCAUGACCACCGUCUGUGGUGAUUGGGGUUGCGCAUACGCACCUGUGUCCUCCGCCUCCAUGAUUGCCACAAGUAGCCAGACUACCACGGCGUUUCAGUGGGUGUGUCCGACUUGCCUGGCACCUGUGGGGCAGCAAGACAACACUCCUACAACGUCAGAGCCGCCGGUGACGAGGCCCAACAUCGCGGCAUUCAGCGGCUCGCACACUGGUCGAGAGACAAGAUGCUCGUUCCUUGACAGAGAUAAGGAUGGUGUCGUGACAGGGACACGGCAGAGCUGUAGCACGAUCUUUGCGAUUGCGGAGGGGAGUAGGACGAUUUUUGAGCUUGCUUCGACACCGACGGGGAGGUAG